AGAUUGGUUAAAUUUUUUGCUAUUCUGUGGUCUGCACUUUAGGAUUAAUGUGUUAAAUGUUUUGAUAUUUUGUUUUUAUUUUACCUGAAACAUCUUCGAGAUCUAAAACCAUGGGUAUUUUGGAAAAAAUUUCCGAAAUUGAGAGGGAGAUCUCUAGAACCCAGAAAAAUAAAGCUACCGAAUAUCAUUUGGGACUCUUGAAGGCUAAAUUAGCUAAAUACAGGUCUCAGUUACUGGAACCAUCAAAAAAAUCAGAAAAGGGGGAAGGAUUUGAUGUUCUUAAGAGUGGUGAUGCAAGGGUUGCCCUAAUUGGAUUUCCUUCUGUUGGAAAAUCUACGUUACUGUCUACUCUUACAAAAACUGAAAGUGAAGCCGCUUCAUAUGAAUUUACAACUCUAACAUGCAUACCAGGGGUUAUAGAAUAUAAUGGAGCCAAUAUCCAAUUAUUAGAUUUACCGGGUAUCAUUGAAGGUGCUGCACAAGGAAAAGGAAGAGGUAGACAAGUCAUUGCCGUAGCUAGAACUGCGGACCUGGUGUUGAUGAUGUUAGAUGCAACAAAAAAAGAUGUUCAUAGAGAUUUAUUAGAGAGAGAAUUAGAAAGUGUGGGGAUAAGGCUGAACAAGAAGAAGCCUAACAUUUAUUUCAAAAUUAAAAAAGGCGGUGGCUUAUCAUUCAAUUCAACUUGUCCUUUAACGAAAAUAGAUGAAAAAUUAGUUCAACUCAUAUUACACGAAUAUAAAAUAUUUAAUGCAGAGGUAUUAUUCAGAGAGGAUUGUACUGCCGAUGAAUUGAUUGAUGUCAUUUGUGCAAACAGAGUUUAUUUGCCUUGUCUCUAUGUUUACAAUAAAAUUGAUCAAAUAUCUAUUGAGGAAGUCGAUAGAAUUGCUAGGCAACCUAAUAGUGUAGUUGUAAGUUGCAACAUGAAGCUGAACCUAGAUUAUCUACUAACGACUCUUUGGGAAUAUUUGAGUCUAAUCAGAGUUUAUACGAAAAAACCUGGUCAACCACCAGACUUUUCUGACGGUCUCAUACUAAGGAAAGGUGUUACGGUGGAACACGUCUGCCAUGCGAUCCAUAGAACUUUGGCAGCUCAAUUCAAAUAUGCUCUAGUUUGGGGUACUAGUACGAAAUAUUCUCCUCAGCGUGUUGGAGUCAGCCACACGAUGCAAGAUGAAGAUGUUAUUCAAGUUAUUAAAAAAUAAGAUACUCGUUUUGUAUUGCUCAGUUAUGAUUAAAACUUUUACAAGGUU